AUGAUGAUCUUCCAACUUCGAUACAACACAAAAUUGUCAGAAUCUUUGAAUAGCAGCAAAGAUUAUCAUUCCAUGCAACAUCCUAAAUUGAUUAUUCCCAAUACCCAUAGGAAUGACCAUUAACAACUCACUCAAAGGAAUAAACUCCCUCCUAAAUACCCUGAUGACAUGUUGUUGUGCUUAGUCUCCAAAGGACUUGCCCCUCUUAACAAUAAUAAAAUGAAAAAUCUACUCAUUAAUGAAACCUUCUCUAAUAAUAAAGAAUUCCCUUCAGAAAUCAAGCAAGAACACCCCUAUUACAAUCUUAAAUCAAAUCCAACUUUUUCAGAAAUUGAUAAGCAAGUCAAGAAGGCUUUACCUCCUCUCUAGUUAAUACCUAAGAAGCCAUUAAUUCGAAUUCAAUCAAGAGAGAAGGAACCAAUUGAAUUAUAUUCAUCCAAAAGUAGUAAAUUAGUAAGUCCAAGGAUUCAUAGAAAAAGCAAUAAGAAAACGCCAGGCCAAUCAUUAGAAAAGGAUAAAGUAUGCAGAACAUCUUCUACCCCAUUUAUCUAUAAGCCUCUGUAAAGGGAAAAUUUGACUAGCAGAUCUGGAUCUUCUACUUAGCGAUCAAAGUCAAAAAAUUAAAAACCUUAAAAAAUGACCAUCUCGAAUCAUAAAUAGAAUUAAGGCAAAGAAAGGAGAUACACCUAAAAUACAAACAAAGUACUGACUAUUUAAAAAUCUUCGAUUAAGGUGAUAGAACCAUCAGACAAGAAACUUCAAGUGAAAAGAAAAACAAGAUAGGCUUAAACUAUCUAAUAAUAAUAAUAAUAAUUGUAGAUUGUAUCUAGCAAAUAAAAUACUUAACCAAAUAUAGCCCAAAAACAAAAUACCUUAAUUUCCUUAAGCUAACAAUAAAAUCUAUUAAAAGACAAAUUACAAUUGAGACAUACAUCUUAUAGAUGUUUUUUAAAUAAAAUCAAUUUUUCAAAUAAUUAAUGCAUCCAAUCACCUAAUAAAAUGGAAAUUCCAGCAUAUUACUUUUAUGUCGGUAAAGGAAAUAAUGCGAGUUUGAUUAAAAACCUAUUUCGUUAGCGAUGGUGGUGGCAAGAAAUUGAAACUAUGGAUUUCACAAAAGCUAAUUUGAUAUGGACUCAGUUGAAAUAAAAUACAUGCAUUGAAAAUCUAACAGCUUUUAAUGUUUUAAGUAAUGAUUAAAAUUAUAAUAAUGAUUCAUUUAUUCAAAGUAUUGAAGAUACAGUGGCUGAUUCUAGUGAUUCAGAAUUGGAAAUUAGUAUCAAAACUAGAUCCAUUCCACUGUUUAAUACUAAUGUUUAAGGCAAAUAAGCUUUUUAAUAAAUUAGUAAUUUAACUUAAUUAAAGCGAAUAUUCAAUUAAAAUGAACUCUAAAAACUACUGGUUUAUAUGAAGGACAAUAAUUUAUGGGACACUUAGUUAGUGUUUAGCGAUUGUUCUGAAAAAUUGCUAUUCAACAUCAAAGGAUUUCACACUACAAUUCGAAUUGAGAGUAGAAAUUAUAGAAUGCACAAUCAUAUGUAAGACAAUUGGCAUUUGGGAAAUAAAAAAGCCCUAUUUUAUAACAUGAGGAACUAUUUUAAAAUAAUUAAGGAAGAUUAUACAAAGUAUAUUCCAAUUACAUUUCACAUUCAGCAAGGGACAGCUGAUCCAGAAUAUCUUAGAUUUGUAGACUACUAUAAUAAAAGGCAAGAAGAGAUAAGAGAGUAAGAGAAGAGAAUAUAUAUGGACUAUCGGAAAGAUAAGAAAGCCAAACCAAUAAAUUUAUGGAUAGUGAAACCUGGAGAAUGUACAAACAGGGGAAAUGGGAUAACAGUUUGCUAGGACUUGUUGGAUAUUAAUAAGACAAUAAUGGAAGAGUAGCCUGAUGGGAGAUAGAGAACUUACAUAAUCUAGUAAUACAUAGAUAAUCCAUUUUUGUAUAACAAGAGAAAAUUCGAUAUUAGAUGUUAUAUGCUCCUGACCUCUUAGAAUGGGGUCUUAAAAGGAUAUUGGUAUUAAGAAGGAUAUAUAAGAACAUCGUCUAAGGAAUUUACUACAAAAUGUCUGAACAAAUACAUUCACUUAACAAAUGAUGCAGUUCAAUCAAAAGAUGAAGAUUAUGGAAAGUAUGAAUUUGGAAAUAAGAUAUCAUUCCUAGAAUAUCAAAGAUAUCUGGAUACAUAUCAUAAAGAAUAAAAAUUGAACUUUUUUGUUGAUAUCUAUCCCAAAAUGAAGUAGAUUGCUUUGGAUUUGAUAAAAGCAUCAUAUGGAAAGAUAGAUCAAUAAAGAAGAUCAAAUAGUUUUGAACUUUUUGGAUUAGAUUUUAUGAUAGAUGACAAUUUUAAACUUUGGUUAAUUGAAGCUAAUACAAAUCCAUGUCUAGAAUUAUCAUGUCCACUUUUAAGUAAAAUUAUUCCAACCCUUGUUGAAAAUUUGUUUAGAAUUGCCAUUGAUCCAAUAUUUCCUCCCCCUUUUUUUGAGGAAUGGCCUCUGAAUAAAAAACUAUUCAUUCCUGAUAAUGUCUUAGAAAAUAAUAGAUUUGAACUUAUGUUCGAUGAGUUGAUUGAUAAAAAGACUAUGGUCAACUUGUAUAGAGACAAUAAAAUUGAGUAGGAUUGUUUUAAGAUAGAGGAGGAGGAAGAAGAAGAAGAAGUGAAAGAUUGA